CGCUGCCAGCGCAACGCCUGGAGUCCCAGCUGCUCCGCGCAGGGGUGGAAGAAACCCGAGCCGCUCCAAGUCAACGCAAGCAAAGGCGGGUGGGAGGGGGAGGAAUACUCUUGGAAACGUUAUAUUGGCCUUGGGGCUCUCCAGCCCUGUAGGAUUUCCAAUGAGAUCUUAGAAGCAGCCGAUGUAUUGUGAAGGGCAGCAGCCCGCGGCCAGCCACGAUCUGAACGCUCUGCCCUGCAGCUCUUCUGGACCGAGGAGCCCAAAGCCCAGCCGUCACCAUUCACCAGGGAAACCACAACACGGAAGUCACUCAGCCUAGGAAAGUUGAUAAGGGUACAGAGGACACAGUUCUGGGGCUCCUUGAUGUGUGAUGGGAAGAGAGAAGCAGGUUGCAGUUUUUAUCCCCGUGAACACACAUGGCUUUGUUACGAAAAAUUAAUCAAGUGUUGCUGUUCCUUCUCAUUGUGACCCUCUGUGGGAUUCUGUACAAGAAAGUUCAAAAAGGGACUGUGCUCAGGAAUGAAACAGAUGAUGACUCCGAGAUUCCUGAGGAGACGGAAGACGAGAUUCCUGUGGUGAUCUGUGCAGCAGCAGGGAGAAUGGGCGCUACCAUGGCCGCCAUCAAUAGCAUCUACAGCAAUACUGACGCCAACAUAUUGUUCUACGUAGUUGGGCUCCGGAACACUCUGACCCGAAUACGAAAAUGGAUCGAACAUUCUAAACUGAGAGAAAUAAACUUUAAAAUCGUGGAAUUCAACCCUACGGUCCUCAAAGGGAAGAUCAGACCAGAUUCAUCGAGGCCUGAAUUGCUCCAGCCUCUGAACUUUGUUCGAUUUUAUCUCCCUCUGCUUAUCCACCAACAUGAGAAAGUCAUCUAUUUGGACGACGACAUAAUUGUACAAGGUGACAUCCAAGAACUGUAUGACACCACCUUGGCCCUGGGCCACGCGGCAGCUUUUUCAGAUGACUGCAAUUUGCCCUCAGCUCAGGACAUAGACAGACUCGUGGGGCUGCAGAAUACAUACAUGGGCUAUCUGGACUACCGGAAGAAGACCAUAAAAGACCUCGGCAUAAGCCCCAGCACUUGCUCUUUCAAUCCUGGCGUGAUUGUUGCCAACAUGACGGAAUGGAAGCACCAGCGAAUCACCAAGCAGUUGGAGAAAUGGAUGCAAAAAAAUGUGGAGGAAAAUCUCUACAGCAGCUCCCUGGGAGGAGGGGUGGCCACCUCCCCAAUGCUGAUUGUGUUCCACGGGAAAUACUCGACCAUCAACCCCCUGUGGCACAUAAGGCACCUGGGCUGGAAUCCAGAUACCAGAUAUUCGGAGCAUUUUCUGCAGGAAGCAAAAUUACUCCACUGGAAUGGAAGACACAAGCCUUGGGACUUCCCUAGUGUUCACAACGACUUAUGGGAAAGCUGGUUUGUUCCUGACCCUGCAGGGAUAUUUACCCUCCAUCACCACAACAGCUGAUAGAACUCGACAUCUGAAAUAUUUCCUGUAUAAAGAUGUGGAAUUGUCCAUUUGCAGCCUACUAUAACACCGUUCUUUAUGAACAGUACCUUUGAACCAUACGAUCCACAACAUAAAACCCAAAAACUACUGUGUGCAAAUAGUACUUGGGAUCACAUGGGUAUUGCGUUACUUCCUUAAGUACAAGGGGUAAUUAUGGAAAUGAAGGUUACGUGAGUGAAACAUAUUGCUGGAAAGAAAGAAACCCAGCUAGGUUUCAGCAGUCAAUGUGCAUAACUCUGAAUGGCAGUUGUAUCCACAGAUUUUUAAAAUUUCUAAAUGUAUUUUUCACAUGUAGGUAUUUUUUAACAGGUUACCAAUCUUGCCUUUUGUAGAAUAUGUUACAUUUAAAACACGGAUGUCUGAAAAAAUAAAAUAUUCAUAGAUUUUUU